GAUUACCACAGCAGACGAAAACGACAACAAGUUAGUUGACACAAAAGUAAAAAUCACCUUUUGUAAGAUGACUGACGAAAGAAACAAAAUGACGCAAAAUGUUCCUUCUGAUUUAUCAGUCGUUCGAUUUUCUUCUGUUAGAGCCCAGGAAAUUGUUGCUCUCACAAAAAUGAUAGAAAAUCCACAAUGCACCAAAUUACUUUUUCAAAAACUGCCAUGUCAUAUGCGAAGAAGAGCAAUGAGCCAUAACCCAAACAGAAUGCCAAGAACCUUAAGGGAAGCCCACAAGGCCCAAAUGGCAAAGAGUGGUCCAGCAACCCAGCCUAAGAGGCCUAGAAGGAAAUAUAGACGCAGACCAAGCAGAUUGCUGGAAGAGUAUAAAAAGCGAUCUAGUAAAGUCUCUUGGCUAGAAACACACCUGUGGCAUGCCAAAAGGUUUCACAUGGUAAUCAAGUGGGGACAUCGUCUUCCUGAAAGAUCUUGCGCUCGCAGUCACAGAUUCUGCUACCGUUCAGUAGCUCAACAUUGCCUGCUAAUGGACAUAUCGUACUUGUGUUGCGUUGAAAUUCAAGGUCCACAGGAUGAGAUCGUUCGAGGCCUUAUCUCUCUCUGUGAUCCUAAAACUGGCCCAACGUUUGGUGCGUCUACUUUCCUUAAUGGCACUCGUGAAGGAAGAGUGAUCAUUUUCAAGCGAAAUCAGUUUUCGAGCGGCCCCAUCGGCUUGGUUACGUUUUUGUGGUGCAAUACAGGGAAUCCGGAUAUGCGAACCUUGUGGAUAUGGAGCCAUCCAGCUUUCUACCAACAGUUUCUGUGUGAGCUGAAUUCUAUUUUCGAAUCCGAUUCCGACUUAUUAUGCAAGCCUCCUGGAGUCAAGAUUACCUUAAACAAAGGAAAGCUAAAUCGGUUCAGAUUAAGAGGGCCCUUUGCACAUUCAGUUGUAUCGUCGUUAUUCGACAAAGAAACUAGGAGCGCGUCAAGUUUAUCACAAUCACCUGGGUUUGUCACCAGUGUUGAAGUCAGAGAUCCUCGAAUGAUACUCGCACAAACCCGAAUCAAAGCGUCCAGUUCCACGGUAGGUAACUGUGAACUUGUAGGAUUGAGCCAAAGUAAAUUGUGGGAUGCCAGCGUUCGAGAUCAAAUUACCAAUAUGCGAACAAGUUUACCCGAUCACGUCAUCAAUAACCGUCGUAGUGAAUUACUUGUUCCUGGCACCGAGUUACCCGUCCAGCCAGAAGAAAUCCCCAUUCCAAUCCUCAUUGUGAAUGCAUCUCACGAGAGCAGCGAUUUUGUUCCUGGCUGUGACGUCAUUUUGCCGGCUGGAUGGGCUACAGCUUUCUGGCUUGCACUGAUCUAUAGUGGAGGGCACGCUGGAGGUUUGAAAGAUGCGGGAAGCAUGAAUUUUGAAUACGGAAUUUGUCGGGAUCUCUGCUUAGAAAUCGACAGUGAAGCAGGAAAAGCCACUGCCGUUGACAGAAAAAUGAAUUUGAUGGAAGAAUACUUUCGUAGACCACCUAAAACAAGAACCAACUUCAUCAAAUUAGCCACACCUUUUCCGUUCUGCGUCGAUUGGGAUCGCCUUACAAUCGACUGGAUCGGUCAGUCUGAGUCAGGUUUCACUGUAUUACGUGACAAGAAGCUCCUAAGUGGAUUGUGUCAAAAGAAUAGGAUUGUGCUACCCGAAAUCUUAUUAUCUCAACCUUAUUUAGUGCCCGUGACAGUUCGAGUUAAACACGGGUCACCUCAGGAAUUUUCAAUGAUCUGUUUACCGGGAGCCGAUGAUAAAGUUAAUUCAGUAAUUAACGAGCCUAUUCACCAAGAUCCCUGCGCCAAAGAACGGAAAAUGUUACGCCAACAGCACAGUUCCCUUCUGAAGAGUCUUGCGAAAAAGAGGAAAGAAUUCCGGGAUAAAGAUGGAACCAUUGGGGACUUCUCCAGCGCCACUGCAAUUGCUGUUCACAAAGAAAAGACUCGCUCGUUAUGGCUGCCUUCUUCCUGCAAUUUAAAAACUUCAUUCGCCAGGCCGAUCAUUGGAUUUGUCACUCAAGGAGAUUUCGGUCUUAGCGAAGGAAAAGGAAUUGGUCGUGGAUAUAUAGUCAUUCGUGCCAUUUCACAAAUACCUUUGUCUCUUGUGUUGGUUCGAAAUCCUGGAACUAAUUUGUACAUGUGGGCUGAAAUUACAAUGGAGUAAAAUACAUUGACAAACUAAUUGAA